AUGUCGUAUCCAGAGUUACACUUCGAACAGUUUCUUGGAGAAGGUUCUUACGGUUCGGUGAGUCUCUACACGUACAAAGCAACACGUAACGGCAAGACCCUUUACGCCGCUGCAAAAACCUCAGACGAGAAACACGCAGAUUCUCUCUACAGAGAGUUUCAAAUCCUGUCAGAACUCAAAGGGUGUCCAAGAAUCGUCCAGUGCUACGGGACCAAAGUGCAAGAGAGACUCAACGAAAAACGUUGCUUGGAGUACAAGUUUCACAUGGAGUACGCACCUGGAGGAAGCUUGAGGAGUUUCGUUAACCAUUUCAAAGACAAUAAACUGCCUGAUGCUUUGAUCAGAGACUUUACACGUAUGCUUCUAGAAGGGUUAGCCAUCAUCCACGGACAUGGGUAUGUUCACUGCGAUCUCAAACCAGCAAACAUCCUUGUCUUCCCGAGUUGUGUCUACAAGAACGGUGCGUGGAGAUCUUCUCACGAGUUGAAGAUUUCGGAUUUUGGGUUGUCGAGAAGAGAUGGAGACACUAGCUGGUGGCAACCUCAUCGUCUCUAUGCGGGAACACCGAUCUACAUGUCUCCGGAAUCGAUAUCUCACGGAGAGACAGGGAAGGGACUUGACUUGUGGUCUUUGGGAUGUGUUGUACUAGAGAUGUACACGGGGAAAAGACCAUGGUGGCAUAAAGAAUACAAACUGGAGGAUCUCAAGAACUGCCAUGCGCCGUUGAUUCCGCGAGAGAUACCUUUUGAAGCAAAGCUCUUUCUGAUGACAUGUUUCUCACCGGAGGUGGAUGAUAGAAAAGACGCAUCUACUUUGCUGAAUCAUAUCUUCUUGCGUGGAGAUGUUAGUAAGAUCACAGAGUCUCCUAUGACUGGUGAUAACUCGAGGAAAAUCUCUUUGGAGUUGGAGAAACUUAGAGAGAGGCUUUCGGGAAUGAGGUCUAUUUGUGUAUAG